GAAGAAAAUAAUAAAGAAAUUGAAAAACAACAGGAUAAAAACAAUUCUACCAAUAAAACACAUGAGGUGCAAAAUGCUAAAUUAUCUAAGCCUGAACCUCAAAAAUUAUUAAAGAAGGACUAUAACAAGAAAUUUAAGUAAAAAGAAAUUGUAAUUUCAAUGAAUGUUAAAGAUUUGAGAGAGAAAAUUUUUUCAAAAAUUGUAUUAGAUGAAGAUCUGGAUAACUCAAAAUUUAAUUUAAUUGGACAAAUUAGCAACAGUGGUAUGUGGAUUGUAUCUUAUGAAGAUCAUAUUUUGGCUGUGAAUCAUUUUAGAGUGCAGGAAACAGUAGAAUAUUAUCGACUUUUAGCAACACAUUAUUUUAUUCUUUCUGAAUUGGAUUGUCCAAUAAUGUUAUCCCAAAGUUCAUUUGGAGAACUUGAAAUUUGGAAUGCCUUAUUUAAAUUAAAUUCGGAAAAAAACGAAGAAAUUGGAUAUUCAUUAAUCACAGAUGACAAGAUUAUUGCAAAUGGAUUUGAAAUUAAAAUAUAUACUGAUACAGCCGAAAUAGUAAGAAUAACUAAAUCUCUUCCAUUUUAUGGUAUAUCUGAUUUAAAAGAAAUCUUGCAAAUAAUUCACAAACAAGGCUCAUCAAUAAAAUUAGAAAACUGCCGUCCUCAAAAAGUUAUUCACUACCUUCAAGGAGAAGCUGUGAGAAAUGCUCGCAUUGCACCAGCGAAACUUCAUUCUAAAGAUAUCAAAAUAUUGCUACAACAGUUAGAAUGUUUGCCUUCUCAACAGAAAUCUUGUUUACAUAAAAAGCCAUUUUUUCAUUUACUGUACGAUUUGAGUGACAUCUCAUUGUCACAGUCACAGUCACAGAGAUAAUCAAUAUUGUAAAUAAUGUAAUUAUAUGUAAAAUAUCUAUUUUUUUGAAUAAAAGUUUUUCUGUAAACUAAAUUUAUAAUUACAAUGUACAGAUGCUUAUUUUAUAUCAUAAACACAUCAAAAGAAAAUCACUGUAAAAAGUAAAAUAGGGAGUAAUUAGUGUAAUGUAUUUCAUUACAUUUCACAGAAAUAUCUUUGGAAUUAUAAUUUGGAACAAUUUCAGUAUUAGACAUUUCUAUGUGGUUCUUUAGAAUCUCAAAUUGAAACAUGUCUCCGAGAGCUACACAUUCAACAAUAAACACAGCAAACACAUUCAACACAACCUAGUUAAUCUGGAAUUACCUGGAUAAUUAUUAUUAUUUCGUAUGCUUUUAGCAUAUUAAGCCAUUAAUAACAUUUAAAAAGACAGUUUUAAUUCAAACACUCCCCAGAGUGUGAUGCUGUUUUUGAACACAGUUAAAGCAAAGCAGAAGUUCGAGAAUGCAUUUACUAUGCAGUUUUCUCUGUAGACAUUCGAAGGAGACUCGUCAAGUUUUUAUCGAAAAAUUUUCAAUAUGCAGUACUUAUUCGAAUUUAAAAGAAGCUGAACCUGUUUAUGUGAAAAAUAAUAAUUGAUUUCAUAUUUUAAUGUUUAUGUUUUAGUUUACUCAUUAGAUCCAGCCUAUACGUUGAUUGCUAAAGCUUAGAAGUUUC